AUGGAUCCAAGAAUGCUACUCGACCCUAAGGGCGCGCUUAAGAGACAGCAACAGUCGACAAGCAUUGCCUCGACGUCAGCCGCGAAGUCGCCACCGAUGUCCGAUAAAUUAAAACCUUCGCCAAGCACGAAAAGGUCACCCGCAUCACAGUCUUCGACGCCGUUGUCGCCCAACCGACCUGCACCCACAUACGAUCCGAGAGCCCUCUUGGAUCCGCGAAACCGAAGUAGACCUCAACAAAUUCGUUCGCCUGCCAUGAAGGCUAAUGGCGUCAAUGGCACGAAUCAUUCUCAUUCUGAUGGACCGCCAGAUCCUGCCUUGCUCCAAAAUGGCGAUGCAUCUGAACCAGUAAGUGUCGCGCCACCAGCUGUAUCACGGGAGAACAGCUUCAACGGCAAACGAGCCAUCGAAAAUCUGUAUGGAGUCGAGUCACGGUCCGAUCAACCUAAGAAGAAAGUAAAGUCGCCACAAGAUGAGACGGAGAGAGACUCUCGAGCAAAGUCGCAGAAGUUCAACUCGUCCGGCACUGGCAUCAUUGGUGACUACAUGAAGCGUCGAGAUGACCCGAACUAUCAGAAUCGGCCGACUCUUCUUCCUCCAGUCGAGGCCAAGGACGAUCGCGUGGUUGAUCUGACCUCCGAGAUCGAUAACAACGGUAACGACGACUUCGUUAUCACUGGAUCAAGCACCAAAGAGAGAGAGGUAUGCUUCGGGGCAAUCUACACGGACGCUAUGGCAUUCUUGGUUCCGAAGCCUCGAAAGAACAAAGGAGCCUCGUUCUUGCAGCAGGGCCAAUGGCCGCCAAUGAGAUGCUCACUAGGGCGUGGCACAGAGGAAGCCAAGACGACGAUUAUCAAGGUAAUUGAUCCCAGCAAUAAAGAAUUCGCAAAGAUCACAGCGCACGGCGCAGCAGGCCUCGCAACACUGAUGGACUCUAUCGAGACCUUGCGGACGCAGCCGCGGCUGCUGAAUCGUCCGAGGCGCAAAGAUGAGCAGGAGCAUGCGCCAUGUUCUCAGACUAUGAAGCUGGCUGUCAAUCUCUAUGGUCAGAGACGUGAUGCUGAACCAGUAGGAAGGAUCCUAGGUCAGCUCAAUAUCUGGCUCAAUGAUGUUUCAAAGGAUCUGCGAGACCCAGGCACAGAGCUCCUCAAUCCACACAAGAUGAUUUCACACAAGGCUCCCGCUCGAGGCAAGCCUGUCACACGCGCGGUCAACCAGAAGAGUGUCGUCGAGGCCGGAUCCGAGGAAGCGAUGGAUAGGGCGGUCGAGAAGAUCUUCGACCACUUUGCCAACGAAAACAUCGAAGAGACUGAUGCGCCACAUGGAAUACUGACCCCACUGCUACCACAUCAAAAGCAGGCAUUGACGUUCAUGUUGCGCCACGAAAGUCCUCCCGACUACGAGGAUGACACUUCGUCCAAGCUAUGGUCGAAAAAGUACAGCAAGACCGGCAUCUAUUACCAGGAAGCGGUAUGCAAUCUGACAAUAAACGAGCCACCUCCAGUCUCCCUGGGAGGUCUACUAGCUGAUGUCAUGGGUUUGGGAAAGACGCUGGAAUCCCUCACUCUAAUCGCCGCCACCACCGACAAAGCCAAAGCUUUCAGUAAGACCCAGGUGCAGCGAGGCCCGGAGAACCCUGAUAGGCAGAUCAGCGCGAACAGCAAGGCGACAUUGAUUGUAUGCCCGAUGAGCACAGUAGCUAAUUGGGAGAGUCAAAUCAAGGAGCACCUCGACCCGUCCUUCACCUGGGUCACCCAUCAUGGAUCUAAUCGUACCAAGAACCCAUACGACCUUCGAAAAUACGAUAUAAUCAUCACCACGUACGGAACGCUGCAGUCGGAAACUCGUAAUGGUUUCGGUGGGGUACUACGGUCUAUCAAAUGGUUCCGGGUAAUUCUGGAUGAGGCGCAUACCAUUCGAGAGUCAAGCGCGCUCCAGUCACAAGCCUGUUUCGAGCUUGAGGCUGAUCGGAGAUGGUGUCUGACUGGUACGCCAAUUCAGAACAAGUUAGCAGAUCUUGGCUCGCUGUGCCAGUUCCUGCGUCUCUAUCCAUACGAUAGCGUGGCGGAGUUCUCGUUGUACAUUGUCAAGCGGGCCGGAAGUGGCGACUCCACGUUCCUCAAGCGACUAAGAGUCUUCAUUGAUUCCUUCACCCUUCGGCGAGAGCGCGAUAAGAUCAACUUGCCACCAAAGGAAGAUCUCCAGGUCGCGGUCGAGUUCAGCGAUGCAGAGAGUAAGCUACACGAGUUCUUCCGGGGGCGUUCAGAGAUCAUACUUGCAGAUCUGAAGAAGCAGCGAGACGAGGGUAAGAAGCACAAUAUGCAGAUCUCCGUCCUGCAAGGCAUCACUAUUCUGCGACUCAUCUGCGCACAUGGUCGUGAACUGCUUCGUGAGGACGACCUGGAGACUUACAAAGGUGGCGCGCCGGAAGAUGCGAUCGAGUUGGAUGACGAAGAAGACGUCAAAACGAUGACACCGCUACAGGCCUACGAGCUUUUCCGAAUGAUGGACGAUGCCGACUAUGACGUUUGUCGUAACUGCGAUUCCUCGAUCGCAGCGAGCACCCCAGCCGCAGAUGGCGACACAGAUACAGGACCUCGCUGCUACAUCUUGCCAUGCCGAGACCUACUCUGCGCCCCAUGCUUCCGCCAAUACAAAAGCAACUAUGACGAUAAACCCGACGACAGCUCCCUUCAGUGCGCCCUCUGCCACGGGAUCACAACCGCCACGUACGUCGCCAUCGAAGGCAACGUCAACGACAAGAUCGAGACCAUGCAAGCCAACCAACCACAAUCCAAGAACAAAGACCGUUACGGCGGGCCCGCCUCCAAAACUCUUGCCCUUCUCGAAGACAUCGACAAGAUGACCGAAGAAAGCAAACCCUUAGAAGUCGCUGGAGAGCCACCGCUCAAAUGCGUUGUUUUUUCCGAGUUCACCUCUCAUUUGAGUCUCAUCGCCCGUGCCCUCGAAGCCAGGGGCUACAAGACCGCCCGCAUCGAUGGCUCCAUGAGCCUCUCUAAGCGGAAAAAGGUCCUUGAAGCCCUCGCCACCGAUAACACUCUUACUAUCCUGCUCGCCUCCAUCAAAGCUGCCGGCCAGGGUCUGAACCUCACUGCCGCGAGCCGCGCGUUCAUCAUGGAGCCCUUAUGGAAUCCCGCAGCGGAGGCCCAAGCGGUGGAUCGGAUCUAUCGAAUUGGGCAGACUAGGCCGGUGGUGGUGAAACGAUAUCAUAUGAAGGCCAGUAUUGAGGAGAGUAUCAUGCAGCUGGCGGAGAAGAAGCAGAAGCUGGCAGACUUGAGUAUGGGGAGGAAUCACAAGGCGUUGAGUAAGAAGGAGAUGCGGGAGCAGCACUACAAUGAGAUUCGGCAGUUGUUUGAGAGCAAAAAGCGCUAG